UCCAACAAACAAGUUCUUCGUCUCCGUUCCCAGCCGCUCGUUCCGCCUCUCCUCCACAGUGUCUUCGAAGUGGGCAUGGGCCAAGAAUCCCUUAGUGGGCUUUAACCCCAUCGCCAGUCUCUCCAUCAUUUUAAAGGCCAUGGCUUUCACGGGUUUCAUAGGUAUGUCGACUAGAUUGGGUUUAUUUUUCCGCGUGACCGUAAAGCUGAGCCAUUGUGCAUCGAUUUUACCCGUCAUUGCUCCUCUUGGAUCUACUGAUGAUCCCUUUCCCGUAUUCUUGCGGAUAGUUACUGCUGCGUGCAGUCCAUGGAAAUUGGUUUAUUUCCAGAUUUUUGGUUAUCCUUUUGAUACAAGUGGUUCCGAUUCACUUGUCCUGACACCUGUUUUACACGAUAUCUCUCCUCCCUCAGUUCUGAGAGCAUCCAUUACUCUUUCCCUAGCCCAGAAUCGACUAUGGUUCCAUACUUGUGUAACGUACAGUAUGGCUUCGAUUCUGGUUUGCCCUCCUCCCAUUCAAAAUUUCGCAAGCGUGCGAUCUAUUACUGCAAUAUGCAGUUUCUUUGUAUUCAUUAUGGCUUUUGGUGCUGUGAUUUUGGUUUCUCUUUCUUGGUGGCAGGUUGAAAGGCCUCCCCCGAUGAAUCUGGAUAUGUUGGGUAUUUGGUGCCCUGGUAGCUCUUUAACAGAGCAGUUUCUCUUCCCAAAAUUCCCUCCAAUGUGGAGUGGUUUGGAUGUCGAAGCGUUGUCGGUAUUGCAAGGAUCCUCCUCCCGGCUGAAGCUUUUAUCUGCCUUUGAUGCAGAUUAUGUAAUCUCUCGGGUUACGACGGAUGCAGUCUUUCAAGAAUCUAUGGAGAUCGUUCUUGUUGUUCGAUUUCCUUUGUGUUAUUCUUAUGAUUUGUAUCGCCUAUCCAUCUAUCUUUUAACCAUUGUUAUAUGGUAUGUUUGGCUUCUUUUACUAUGCUUGUUUACAGUUUUCUUUCUGUUGGUUGUAAUUCCUCCUUGUAAGGUUUCUUAAGUUUUAAUGAAAACAAUCGGUUUGUCCAAAAAAAAAA